CACAUCACAUGUAGCUGAACCUGCUCACAAAAAGCAAAUAGUGUUUGUGUGAUGAUGCAUGAGACAUACAUUCCACACAUCUCUUCUUCAUUACAUGUGGCACAACAGUGAGACAGAUUUAUGACAUGCAGCUUGAAGAGGAAAUGCUAGCUUACUCUUAGAGAGGAGUGAAAGACCCCAUCACGUGUGACAUUUGCUCCUUCAAAGCACUGGUUUUAUGCAACGGAUAAAAGCUGGCAACAAAGAGCAUUGUUUUUGGACAGAAAAUAGGAAGAGAUGUUACCUAAUGAGUUCCUUUUUGCUCUAAUCCAUCUUUCAGCAUUUGUCAGUAGUCACAUAUAUGUGGAACAGCAGCCAGCCGCUGUAUAUCUCUCUGAAGGGGAAAAUGUUACCCUGUCAUGUCACAUCCGUGCAGAUGAAGAUGUGAAAAUUUCUAAAUUCACUGUAGAGUGGUACAUGGAAGAUGAGGACAGACAACUACACGAGGUCAAAAACCUUUCCCAGCUCAGAGGACGGCUGCAAGAGAACACUAAUAUAAACCAGCACAGUACAAGCCUUUCACUCUUCAUGCUCAAGCUAAAUGACAGUAGCAAGUACGUCUGUGAUUUCUUCAUCCUUAUUGAUCAGAAAAUAUUGCAGCAUUAUACAAACGGCACAAUCCUCGUUGUCCAAGAGGAGUUGACUACAGCAAUAUCCAUCCUCAGUACCACAGUUAAUACUAAUAAUAACACUGGUAACAAUACUGAUGCUGAUACUGAAUACGAGACAGAUAAUAUCCUUCACACUUUCCUAAUUUUUCUUCCAUUAUCAUUAAAGUUUGUGUCAGCUUUGUUUAUAUGCUUUUAUACUUUGCUUUCCUAUACAUCCGUUAUUGUUUAUUGUCCUGGUUAGGUUUACCGAAAACUGUAAUGUGACAUGUUGCUAAAUGUCUUAAAAUGUCCCUUAUUUUUUUUUUUUUUUUGUGGGAUGUGGUAGCCUAGUGUUUAAUUUGUUGGGCUACCAAUCGGAAGGUUGUAAGUUUGAUUCCUAUGUCCAACAAGCUGCCACUGCUGGGCCCCUGAGCAAGGCCGUUAACCCUCAAUUGCUCAGUUGUAUAAAAAAAUGAGAGAAAAUGUAAGUUUCUCUGGAUAAGAGUGGAUGCUAAAUGCUGAAAAUGUAAAUGUAUUUUUCAUGUAACCUAAGUGACUCAUAAACACGCACAGAUAAUUAUUACAAAAAGUCCGUUCAUGCAUGUGAUGUUUGUUCAGUGUGUGACUUUUCUAACAUGGCCUCAAUUGUGUAAAAAAAAAAAAAAAAAAAGGUGUCAAGCAUGUGUCAGUACAAGAAGAUGGCUAUAGGCAGAGGAAUUUUUUCUUAUUAAAAAAGAAUGCAUUAGUAGUCAAUUUGGAUAGGAACUGUUAUUUUAACUCCCAGGACAUCACGAAGAGCGUGAAGAUGCAUCAAAAUGAAGAUGUUUAAGCCAUUAGGAAGACAUGGCAGAUAGAAGAUUCUUUACUUAAUAAAUAUUUGAGUCUGUUUUACAUUUUUAAAUGCUGUGAUGUUUUUGUCAGUGUCUCAGAAAAAUGCUGAUAUUGUCUCUAUGUGAGGUUAUUGAUACCAACAAUAAACCUUAUUGAUUUUUA